UUCUCUCCGGUAAGCAGAGGUGACAGUGGUGCGAUUGCCACCCGCAGACCCCGGCGCACUCGGUCGUCUGUCAGCUCUCACUCAGGGCUUCCUCGCCGCCAGCCGGGGCAUGUGUCGCCAUGUUCGACCUAAACGGCGGCUGGAAUCUGUCUUUCGCGGGAUGCGGGUUCCUGGGGAUUUACCACAUUGGAGUUGCCAGCUGUCUGCUGGAGAAAGCGCCCUACCUCGUCAAGGGGGCCAACAAGCUGUACGGGGCCUCUGCCGGUUCUCUGACCGCCUCCAUGCUCGCUAGCCAGGCGUCUAUAACUAAAUGCUGUGAAGAUGUGAUUGAGGUGGCGAAGGAGGCCAGGAAGAGAAACCUGGGCCCCCUUCACCCCACCUUCAACCUGGUCAAGGUGUUAAAGUCAGGUCUGAACCGGGACCUGCCCUCUGAUGCGCACAUCCUGGCCUCGGGGCGGCUGUCUGUUUCUCUGACCAGAGUGUCCGAUGGGGAGAAUGUGCUGGUGUCAGAGUUUAGCUCCAAAGACGAACUCAUUCAGGCGCUGAUCUGUAGCUGUUUCAUCCCCAUCUACUGCGGGCUAAUCCCUCCAUCCUUCAGAGGAGUGCGUUACGUGGACGGAGGUAUCAGCGAUAACCUGCCACAGUCCGAGCUGAAGAACACCAUCACCAUCUCGCCGUUCUCCGGCGAGAGCGACAUCUGCCCUCGUGACAACUCCACAAGCUUCCACGAGCUGCGCUUCACCAACACCAGCAUCCAGAUGAACCUGGGCAACAUGUACCGCCUCAGCAGGGCUCUGUUUCCACCAGAACCCAAGGUACUGGCUGAGCUGUGUCAGAACGGUUAUAAGGAUGCUCUACGCUUUCUUGAAGAGAACAAUCUGGUGAUGCUGGAGCGUCCCACCCCUGGCCCCACCCUGCUAGAGAGCACCCCCGACUGCUGCUGUAAGCAUACUGAAACGACUAAAGAGUGGGUGCUCCGGAGGCUCCACCUGCUGCGUAAACAGCACUGGUGGCUGGAUGAGCAGAUCGUUCUGCCCACCCCGAUCAAGAAAGUGUUCUGUGAGGCCUGCAAAGACAAAGCCGGCCUGUACACCAAGUUGUCUGAGACGCUGCCAGUAAGAGUGGCGUCCUACAUGCUCAUGCCGUACACACUUCCUGUACAGUCAGCUUACUCAGCGGCCCAGAGGUUUGUGGAGUGGAUCCCAGAGGUGCCAGCUGAUGUACGCUGGCUGUUUGGGAUGGCAGGUGACGUGUACCGACAAGCCUGGAAAGGAGCACCAGCCAACUCCAUGAGUGAGCCGUGCCUGAGGAAAUGCCUGACUGUGCCGCCUCUACCUACAGAGUGUGAUAAACCUAGGCAGAGAAACAACCUGCCCGCUCUUUCCUCCCUAGACCUCCACGGCAAUUACUGGGAGAUCCACCAAUCUACCUCCUCUUCCUCUUCCUCCUCCUCCUUGUCCCACCACCACCACCACCACAUCACCCCCUCCUCUCCGCAGCAAGUCUGCUUCUUUGUCGGCUCACAGGACGAACCUCACAGCCCCCUGCAGCAGUAAAACUGAUUCACGACCUGCACUUUUAACAAAUACGUGAUCUAGUUUCCAGUCUCUCUGCGGGGGAGAUGGUGGACUGAUGAGUAGCAAAAAGUCUGAACCAAUACGCAGUGGUGUGGAAUUUUCUCAAGGAAACACACCCUGAACACUCCAGGCAGUACAAAAUGUAUUAUAUUUUAUUAAGUUCUCUGGAAGUCAGCAUUGCAACUCACUGAGGAUCACGGAUGUGUUUUAUGAUCUGGUUUUGAUGCACAACACAGAAAUGUGUCUGAUUUUACAGUGUAACUACAACUCAACCUACUUGUUUAAAGUGUACUCAAAAGUUAUUCCUCAGUUAUUCCUCAUUCCAAAGCAGUUAAUUUAGUCACGGGUUCUUUGUCUUUCCACAAGUGGCUCUCUUCUGUUUAUCUGUUUUCUAUGUGUCUGUCCUUUUGAUCGUGUCUCUUAAUUUUUACAGCAAUGUGAUCUCCAGUUGCCAUGGCUUUUAACUGAUGCAGUGCCACCUCUGGUGGUCACUUUGGAGGUCUGCUGGGUGCAUUUCUAAAUAGAAUUAACCUUACUAAAAAUGGCUCAUAUGUACGUACUGUUUUUAACAAAGAAGCAAUUUUUUUCCCCAAAUCUGACCAGUUUCUUUUUUAGACAGGACAGCUAACAAGAUAUUCAGUUGUUAAGCAGUUAUUCCCUUUUAAGAUGGGACAGCUAACAAGUUAUUUAUCUGUUAGCUAGCUGACAUAGUUCACAUGUUUACAAGUAAAUAACAAGUAUUCAUGUGUUAGCUAGCUAACAAGUGAAUUACAAGUCUUCUCUCAUUACCUAGCUAACAAGUGCAUAACAGGUUAUUACUUGUCAGCUAGCUAAACUCCUUUAACUUCUGGCCAGCUGGCUAUCACUGUUUUCUGAUUUGUGUGCCAACCAACUUGUGCUAGAAUGUACAUUAGUAAAUGUGCUUCUCCCGUAUCAAAGUCACAUAGUCCAGUCUGUUGGUUUAGCUUUAAAUGAUUAAUGCCAACAUUACAGGUACACUCACGGUCAGUUUUACCUCCAAAUAAAGUUAGAUAACCAGGCUAAAUUGUUGGUUUGUCUGGUAGAGAAUAAGAAUUAUCAGAAUAAGUAUUAUCAUGUUACUACAUCUCAAAUUCUACUUUACUCAAAUUAGCUCAGACUGAAGCCAUAACCACUGGCUGCAAGUGGGCCAUCAUAUUUGAGGGUAGGAUAUGAAUUCAGUAUCAUUUUGUUUUGCUUUUUGUGUGUCCUAUCGUUGAGAAAUAUGAAAACUAAUAAAUAUAUUCAACUGAAAAUAAAAUGUGAAUGAGACAA